CAGGCUAACCGGAAUAGGCAGGCGCCAACACGAGACGCGUCGAGAACCAAAAAAAUACCAAUAAUUAAUGAAAGCGGAAAGAGGCCAGACGGAUGGCUUCGACCAUUGACGAGUUAUGAGAUACGACCAUGAAUCCUUUCCUCCCUAACAACACUCCCUCCAUGGACCUCUCCGGCCGCACUCCCAUCUACCGAUUGUCGCAGGUCGAGCAGUCCUGGCCUCAAGUCCCCACCCCCACCCCUAGCAACUACGUCUCGCCGUACCGACCACCGCAGCACCAACAAGAUCAGCAGCAGCAAGGACUGCCGCCCCAACAAUCCCCGGAUUCCGCACAGCUGCAGAAUGAUAACGCCGCGGGUGAGGGGUCUCCUGGUGAAAGUCCCCCGCCCGAUGGAGAGGGCGCAGUAGACACACCGUCUUCGCAGAAACGACGGGGGCGGAAGCUACUGGAGGAGCAGGUGGCGGUGCUUUUUAAUUGCUGCCUCGAGCAGCAAGGGUUAUAUGCAGACCAGGACCGAGUGCGGUUUUGGAUCACCGUCGCGUCCAAGCUGAAGCAGCGGACGCGACGGAGUUUCGCAUGGCAGUCAUGCCGGCGGAUCGUCACGGAUCGAUCGUUAGAGAGGCGGGUUCAUCGCCGGGAGAUCGAGGUCGGGAGACGAACAGAAGAACAAGCCCCAUCUGAACUGACAAUGGCGAUUGAUCGGUGGAUUGCAAUGGAAGACAUGAUGGAGCAGCAGAUAUCGGCGGCGUUGACAGCGAAGCGGUCCUGGGGACAAACACAACCGGCUGGGCCGGGGGAACCAGCGGCAGUGGCAGCAGCACCAGUAAUAGCAACGCCAGGAUCAGGACCAGGGCCAGCCAAACGGGUCAAGCAAUCGCCGUUAAAGGCUACAUUGGCAGAGUCGCUGGUGAAACUGAGCGAGUCGUUGACGCAGGAGGCGGAAAGCGAUAGUAUGAAAGAGGAGAUGGUCACAGAGGUACGGGAUGUCCGACGAGGGAUGGACGAUAUGCGGCAGAGUAUGGAGGAAACUAGAAAAGAAUUGAAUGCAUUGCGAGUUGAUAUGAAUCGCAAGUUCGAGUUGGUGAUUCAACUGUUAACGGAGAUGAAGGAGCAGGAGGAGUCGGGGUAGUUCAGGUGUACGAUAGUAGCAUUUGUACAUAGCAUCCAUAGUAAAUAAGCGUAUCUAUAUCUUCUAUCUACCUC